AAUAUCUUCGAUAUCUUUAAGUUGACAAGGAGGCCAAGCUCUUGCCGUUCAAACAUGACGUUUCCUUCGGCGAGUGACUCUUUUCAAAGACGCAGAUGCAGACGGAGUCCGUCCCUACCAAUCCCCGGCUUCCGCGUAUUAGUUCUCAUUGGGCGUUCGGACCCCCGAGUCCCAGGCCACACUGAAGGCUGAAGGCUCAGCUGUGACGCAAGCGAGGCUGGGCGGCCACAUCGCCCACGAACAACGUGAUUUCGCGUUGAGUGCCAAGCGGGAAGCGUAUUGAACUUUGCCCCAUCUUACUCUUGGCGCGUCAUCCUCGUUCUUUGCUACUUAUACAUGCAUCUUUUCCUCUUUUGUGAAUAGCACCCGGGUUCUAGUUGGACUUCAACACCUUCGCUGCUGCCGCCCACCCGGGGCUUUCACAUCCACUCCCUACUCAGGUUUUCAGGUGAUUUCUCACCAGUGGCCGGUCAAAUAAUAUGGCAGUGGCUACGAAAGACGACGAUUCCAGCGGUCCGCCCUUUCCAGAAAAAGGGGGUUCUGCCUCGCCAGUUCCGGUCGUGCAAGAGGCUCAGCAAAAAGAAGAGGAAGGAAGUGAAGAUGCCUGGAGUGCUUAUUGGCGAGUUUUCCGCUAUGCUGGGACCUUCGAGCUUGUCUUCCAGGGGAUCGCUGUUGUUGCAGCCAUCGCCUCUGGCGCAGGCAUAGCCCUUCAGAACCUUAUCUUCGGCCAGUUCGUGACAGUCAUCACCGACUACGUUUCCGAGUCGUCCACUAGAGAUGUCUUUCUCGACGAUGUUGCCAGUCUCGCUCUCUAUCUUGUAUAUCUCGGCAUCGGCCGGUUUGUCUUGUCCUACUCGUACAACUUUCUCCUAACCUUCGCCGGUCACCGGAUCGUGCGGAACAUUCGACGUGCCUACCUGAAAGCUGCUCUCAGCCAAGAGAUUGCCUACUUUGACCUCGGCACCGGCGGUUCCAUCGCCACACAGGCAACCUCCAACGGCCGGCUGAUUCAAGGCGGCAUCUCGGAGAAGCUCGGGCUGACCUUCCAGGGCCUGUCAGCCUUCGUCGCGUCCUUCAUCAUCGCAUUCGUCACUCAGUGGAAGCUCACGCUUAUCGCGCUCUUCAUGGCUCCCACCACAAUCUUCGUAAUGGCUGUGGUCGCCUUUGUGCAAACCGGCUACGAAACCAAGAUUCUCGAGGCCUACGCCCAGGCCAAUUCCUUUGCUGAAGGCGUCCUCGCAAGCGCCCGCACCGUGCAUGCUUUCGAAAUGAGAGCCAGACUGGUCGCCAGGUUCGACGAAUAUCUCGUCGAGGCUCAUCGCUGGGGGGACAAGAUCUCGCCUCUGUUCGGCGCCAUGUUUUCGGCGGAGUACACCAUCAUCUAUUUGGGCUUUGCCCUCACCUUUUGGCAGGGCGUACACAUGCUGGCCAGGGGCGAGAUUACCUCGUCUGGCCAGAUCUUCACGGUGCUUUUAUCCGUUGCCAUCGCCGCCAUGAACAUCACCAUGCUAGCACCGUACUCCAUCGACUUCACGCGCGCAGCAUCGUCCGCCGCCCAGCUGUUCAAGCUCAUCGACCGCGAGUCUGCUAUCAAUCCUUUUGAUGCUUCCGGAGAGCAGCCGCCACCACCCAGCGGCCUGGUAGAGUUUGAGGACGUUACUUUUGCAUAUCCCACUCGGCCAACUGUCACGGUUCUAGAUGGGUUUUCCCUCACGGUGCCCGCGGGCAAAGUUACAGCCUUGGUGGGUCCAAGCGGGUCGGGCAAAAGCACCAUUGUUGGCCUUAUCGAAAGAUGGUAUAACCCCCGGUCAGGGGUCAUUAAGCUGGAUGGGCGGCCUAUCGACUCUCUCAAUCUCAGCUGGCUGCGUAAAAACAUCCGGCUCGUCCAGCAGGAGCCUGUUCUGUUUCGUGGUUCAGUCUUCGACAACAUCGCGUACGGUCUAGUCGGCACCCCGUGGGAGAAUAGCCCCAGGGAAGAACAAAUGGCCCGAGUCCAAGAAGCAGCCAAAACAGCCUUCGCCCACGACUUCAUCUCCGAACUCCCCAACGGCUAUGACACCGAAAUUGGCCAGCGCGGGAGUCUCCUUUCUGGCGGGCAGAAACAGCGGAUCGCGAUUGCACGCAGCAUCGUGUCGCAUCCCAAGGUCCUUCUCCUCGACGAAGCCACCAGCGCUCUUGAUCCCCACGCCGAAGGAGUUGUUCAACAAGCUCUAGACAAGGCGUCUGAGGGGCGCACGACCAUAGUCAUUGCCCAUAAGCUAGCCACGAUUCGAAAGGCGGAUAACAUUGUCGUGCUGUCCAAAGGGCGGAUUGUCGAGCAGGGAACGCAUGACAGUCUCGUGGCAAGGAAUGGGGUCUAUGCUGGCUUGGUUAGGAUCCAGGACUUGGCGGUUGCUGCUCGUCGUGGUGGCGAGGGUGCCGAUUCGGACCAGGAGGAGACCGCGUCCCAGCAGGACCAGGAUCGGGGGAAUGCUGAGUUGGCUAAUACCGUGACGAGGUAUCCCACAGCUGACCAAGCCCGAAUGGAGGCGCAAAGGGAGCGGGAUAAUUUUGAUCACCAUAAACAGCUCGGCUUGCUUCAGGUUAUUCGCCGGUUGGUGUUGUGGAGUCUCGAACUGAAAUGGUGGUAUCUCGCGGUGCUGGUUGCUUGUAUAGGAGGUGCUGUGGUGCUCCCUGGGCAGGCCAUUCUGUUGUCCCGGAUGAUGGACGUUUUCACCUUGACAGGAGAUGCCAUGACUCAGCGCGGUGACUUUUUUGCCGCCAUGUUUGUCGUUCUCGCAGGCGGGUGCCUCGUGUUCUAUUUUGCUAUGGGUUGGGCAGUCAAUGUCGUUGCGCAGACCCUAUCCCACAAACUACGACGGCAAAUCUUCCACGACAUGCUACGACAAGACCUCCAAUUCUUCGACCGGCCAGAGAACAGCACGGGUGCCCUGGCCAGCCGCGUCGACUCCAACCCGCAGUCCGUCUUCGAGCUCAUGGGGUUCAAUGUCGGUCUCAUACUUAUUGCCAUCCUAAACAUUGUGGGCUGCGUCAUCCUGGGUAUUGCCCACAGUUGGAAGCUAGGCUUGGUCGUCAUCUUCGGCGGCCUGCCCCCGCUUCUGGGUGCUGGAUGGCUCAAGAUCAGACUGGAUAUGAGACUGGACAACAUGACCUCGAAGCGGUACGCGGCCAGCGCGUCAAUUGCCUCGGAAGCCAUGACCGCCAUCCGCACGGUUUCGUCAUUGGCCAUUGAGGAGCGUGUUCUUGAGCUGUACACGGCCGAGCUUGACCAUGCAGUCAACUGGACUGUCAAGCCACUGGCAGGCGUCAUGGUUUGUUUCGCAUUGACGCAGUCUAUUGAGUAUUGGUUCAUGGCUUUGGGAUUCUGGUACGGCUGCCGCCUAGUCGCCUUCGGCGAGACGUCCAUGUACAAUUUCUUUGUGACGUUCAUGGGUGUCUUCUUUUCUGGCCAAGCAACCGCCCAGCUCUUCCAGUUCUCAACCAGCAUAACAAAAGGAAAGGUCUCGGCCAACUAUAUCUUCUGGCUGUCCGAGCUGCAGCCAACAGUGAGAACAACGAGCGACAAUCGCGACCGUGGCCCUGGAUCUGGAGGCCCUAUCCAGCUAGAUAGCAUCCGUUUCUCGUACCCCUUACGCCCGGAUGCUGUGGUUUUAAGAGGAAUUGACCUAGAGGUCAAAAAGGGUCAAUUUAUCGCCGUAGUCGGUGCAUCCGGAUGCGGCAAAUCCACCGUCAUCGCCUUGCUCGAGCGCUUCUACGAUCCAUCCAGCGGGACCAUCCGCAUCGACGACGGCAUUCUACGCGAGAUCAACCCCCGGCUAUACCGGCGCAUCGUAGGCCUCGUCCAGCAGGAGCCCACCCUUUUCCAGGGCUCCAUCCGGGAGAACAUCGCUCUUGGAGUCGACGACCCAUCCGCAACUGCCGAAGCCGACAUGGCAGCCGCGGGGGUAGGGGUAGGACACACCCCGGCAGUGCCAGACUCUGAGAUUGAGGCUGCCCUCCGUGCAGCCAACGCCUGGGACUUUGUGUCUUCACUUCCCGAGGGUUUGUCUACCGCAGCUGGGCCCAACGGGACGCAGCUCUCAGGUGGCCAGCGGCAGCGAAUUGCUAUUGCCAGGGCCUUGAUCCGUAAUCCGAGUAUUCUGUUGCUUGAUGAGGCGACUAGUGCGUUGGAUACGGAGAGUGAGAAGAUUGUGCAAGGUGCACUUGCCGAGGCGGCGAAGACGGGGAAUCGGAUUACGGUGGCUGUGGCGCAUCGUCUGUCGACUAUCAAGGACGCGGAUUUGAUCUGCGUGUUCCAUCGUGGUAGGAUUGUGGAAAAGGGGACGCAUGAGGAGUUGAUUGCGCAGGGAGGGAUGUAUCGCAAGAUGUGCGAGGCGCAGGCGUUGAGUUAAUGCAGAUGGCUACUACUACAUGUAGGACAUUUAGUCUGUUACCUAAAGUAAUAAGCAAAAAGUACGGUCGGGUCGCCCC